AUGUCGGAGGAAGCACUAAUUGAGAAUCCUUCCAACCUUAUACGGGAGACCAGAACUAAUUUUUCGAUAGUCAAUGACACCGAAGCUUUGUCCAACAUCUCCAAAAACCUGAAUGAGUUGCAGCGGAUAGUAAAAGAAAAACUGGAUCGAAAGAGCAACGAGCUCAGCCAGUCAGAGUCUGCCUUAGAGAAAAAUGAGGCUAGGUUGGAUACCCUGCGACGUGCCAGAACUGAAUCAGGUUCAGGACAGUUGCAAGGGGGAAGUUCGGAAGAUGUCCUCGAAAUGGCACGGGAGCUUGAAUCACUCGAACGAAGGCUUGUUGAAUUAAGGCAAGAGGUCGACCGCGGGUUAGAACAGCUGAUAGAAAAGAACGCAGACGAUGGCAAGGUACAAGAACUUGAGGAGAGCCAAACUGAGGACCCCGAGCAUAGAACAAAUGUCUUGAAAAUACAACUCUACCGAUCGCUAGGCGUCGUGUUAGACGCAGAUAAUAACCGAGCGCUGAUCAGCAAAGAUGGGACUUUGGACGUUGUGCCGGUCGGCGGGGAUGCAAGCGCCUAUUUUCGAACGAAAUACCUGUGGGACCGGAUAUAA